AAGUUUUUGGUCUUUUGGUAAUUCUGUCAAUGGUAGUGCAGAGAAGGUGGAGACACAGAGAGAGAGAGAGAGUGAGAGACCUAUAUCUGGGGGUGUAAGUGAUGGAGAGCUUCAUUGCAAUGGCGUCAAAAUUACUGAUCGUGGUGGUGUUCGCAUUCGAUGUAAUUGCGUUUGCGUUGGCUAUAGCCGCUGAGCUGAGGAGAACCACUGCCACAGUCAAACCAAACUCUGAUUUGAAUUAUGAGUAUUGUGUUUACAACUCAAGCAUAUCCACUUGGUUUGGUGUUAGUGCCUCCUUGUUUUUAAUGGCCAGUCAAGUCCUCGUAAUGGUGACAACCCAAUGCUUCUGCUGUGGGAAUGCUUUCAAACUGGAAGGUUCUAGGGCUUCCACACUUGUUCUUUUCAUAACCUGCUGGGUGUUCUUCAUCAUCACAGAGGUGUGCUUGCUAGCUGGUUCAGUGAUGAAUGCCCAUCACACCAAGUACCGGGCCAUUUUUGGUGAAAACCUUCCCUUUUGUCAUACCAUGAGAAAAGGAGUUUUUGCAGCCGAGGAAACUUUCGUUUUCUUGAAUUGCAUAGUCUCCGAGAUUUACUAUAUUUGCCUUUCCGAUUCCAAGGAAAGCUUCGACCCAUAUGAUGAAGAAGCUAGUAUUGCUCUGAUAAUCUCAAAAUAA